AUGGAAUUCGGUACAUCGGGUUGCCUGAGCGAAGAUGGCAUCCAUGUUGAUAUGGACCGGUUGAAGAAGGGUGAGGUCAACUUGGGUACCUCGAUUAUGGCGAUCACAUUCAAAGACGGCGUUAUCCUCGGAGCCGAUUCCCGCACAACGACUGGCGCAUACAUUGCCAACCGUGUAACCGACAAGCUCACCAGAGUACACGACACAAUCUGGUGCUGCCGAUCCGGGUCCGCCGCCGACACCCAAGCCGUCGCCGACAUUGUGCAAUACCAGCUUGGGCUCUUCCACAUGAUGAACGGCAAGCCCCCCACGACACAGACGGCGGCGGCCAUCUUCCAGGAGAUGUGCUAUGCGAACAAGGAUAGGCUCUCGGCCGGUCUCAUUAUUGCGGGUUGGGACGAGCGUCACGGCGGUCAGGUCUACAGCAUCCCCCUCGGCGGGUCCCUCCACAAGCAACCAUAUGCCAUUGGUGGUUCUGGCUCGACGUACAUUUACGGUUACUGCGACGCCAACUGGAAAGAGGGCAUGGAGGAGGCGGAUGCGGUCAACUUUGUCAAGGAGUCGUUGAAGGAGGCCAUCAAGUGGGAUGGUAGCUCGGGUGGUGUGAUUCGUAUGGUGGUGUUAACGGCCAAGGGCGCGGACAGACAUCUGUACCUACCAGAUACGGAUUACAAGGUCAGACAUGAGAACUGA